AUGUCUCUUUUACUGAACAAUCCAAGUGUUCUAAAGAAGGCACAUGAUGAGAUCGACAAUCAUGUUGGACAAGAUCGUUGUGUUGAGGAAUCAGACAUGGUUAACCUACCUUAUCUUGCAUCUAUAAUAAAGGAGACUUUGCGGAUGUACCCCGCUGGACCUCUUCUUCCUCAUGAGUCAUCAAAAGAUUGCAUGCUUAGCGGGCCAGAGAGGUUUGAAGGGGUAGAAGUCUAUGGAGAUGGUUUCAAGUUAUUGCCAUUUGGAUUUGGAAGGAGAAGUUGUCCGGGAGAAAACAUGGCAAUGCGAAUGGUUGGAUUGGCAUUAGGGUCUCUUAUACAGUGCUUCGAAUGGGGAAGAACAAGUGAGGUCGAGGUUGACAUGAAUGGAGGAACUGGAUUUACUUUGGCAAAGGCUAUACAUUUGGUUGCAAUGUGCCAACCACGUCCUAUAAUGUUGAAUCUACUAUCGCAGUUAUGA